ACAUGGUUUGAGCAUUUCUGGUAAGAAGGAAUUUAGAAACUAUAUGUUGAGUCAUUUUACAUCUAAAAGAGGGGUUGAUAAUGAACUGUAAUUGGGGAAAACUUGAGACUGUGUUUUCAUCUUGUUAAAGUCAAAGCAAAAUCUGUUAAACCAGACGGAGGAUUUUGACUGGAGAAAUACAUGGCUUCCAACUUGGAGGUUGACUUCACCUGUCCUGUGUGCUUCGACAUCUUCAAGGACUCUGUGGUCCUCUCCUGUAGUCACAGCUUCUGUAAAGUAUGUCUGCAGCAGUGCUGGGAGAGCAAAGGAUCCAGAGAAUGUCCUGUCUGCAGGAGGAGGUCAUCAAAGGAGGUUCCAGCCCCAAAUCUGGUAUUAAGGAACCUAUGUGAGACCUUCUUACAGGAGAGAAGUCAGAGAGCUUCAGCAGGGUCUGGGGAGUUCUGCAGUCUGCACAGUGAGAAACUCAAGCUCUUUUGUUUGGACGAUGAACAGCCUGUGUGUGUGGUGUGUAGAGACUCAAGACAACACACCAACCACAAGUUCCAACCUCUUGAUGAAGCAGCAUCUGACUUCAAGGGAAAACUGAAGAUUGGACUAGAGGUCUUACAAAAGAAGUUGACGGAGUUUGAACAGGCAAAAAUCAGAUGUGGUGCAAAAGAAAAAUGCCUUAAGAUUCAGGUACAACAAACAGAGACACAAAUAAAACAGGAGUUUGAGAAGCUUCACCAUUUUUACGAGAUGAAGAGGCAGCCAGGAUAGCUGCACUGAGGGAGGAAGAGGUGCAGAAGAGUCAGAUGAUGAAGGAGAAGAUUGGGAAGAUGAGCAGAGAGAUCUCAUCUCUUUCAGACACAAUCAGAGCCAUAGAAAAGGACAUAGGAGCUGAUGACAUCACAUUU